UGACUUUAGCUCGACUUAAGAGGGCGUACACAAGAAAUCUAAGAAAUCGUGUCACACCGAAAUCACAGUCCUCCGCACUACUGUACCGUUUUAAAACUACUGCAACUUGUAAGCAAGAAUUAUUGUCUUGGUGUAACGUCACGUAAGAAGCCAGGAUGUCAAUACAGAACCGGCUUGUUUUUGCCAUUGUUGAGUUCUUGGACCAGCAGGUUCGCUCCAAUGCAGUAUCCGGAGAGGCCCUUGAGAGUUUAGAAGUUGGCCUGCAGUGCCUUCAGACAGCGUAUGGAAUCAGCUUAGAUGAUCCUGCCCUCACUUCACAAAAGACAGAGAGAUCAUUACUGGAGAUUUUCACAUCGGCUGUAGGAGGGCAACAGCCUGAUGUAACACAAGUAGCUCAAUCCAGCAUUGGAGCAUGUUCAGCAGCACCAGGGCCAGAGAUCUCAGAGGCUGACAAGGCCCGGGCAGAAAAGCUCAAAAAUGAGGGUAAUGAAUUGAUGAAGAAAGAACAGUACAACAAGGCAAUAGAGGUGUAUACACAGGCCAUUAAUCUCAACUCACAGAAGUCAGUGUAUUACAGCAACCGCGCAGCAGCUUACAGCAAGGUAGAGAACCAUGAGAAAGCCUUAGAAGACUGUCAGAAAGCCGUCAGUAUAGACCCCACCUACAGCAAAGCCUAUGGAAGGAUGGGCCUAGCGUAUUCUAGCAUGAAUGAAUUCCAGAAAGCCUGUGAAGCAUACACAAGAGCAGUAGAUUUGGAGCCAGGGAACAGCUCGUAUCGAGCGAACCUUGAGAUAGCUGAACAAAAACUUAAAGGAGCAAGCUUAGGGGGUGGUGGAGUUCCAAAUAUGGCAGGCAUAAACCCCUCACUGGGAGGUAUGGACAUGUCACAACUUCUCCAGAAUCCAGCUAUUAUGAAUGCUGCAACCUCAUUUCUUCAGAAUCCACAAAUGCAACAGAUGAUGCACUCUUUCAUGGGUCAAGCCAUGCAGCCGGGGGAACAGUCUGACCAAGAUGGCGGCGGUGGUGGUGGAGGCGGUAUGGCAAACCUGCUCUCUGUAGGGCAGCAGAUAGCAUCUCAGAUCCAGCAGACGAACCCUCAGCUAGUAGAGCAAGUGAGACAGAUGAGGAACAGUAGGGCGGAUCCCAACGGCACAAAUAACAAUCAAGAAGAAACCGAUAGUAACAACCCGGAUCAACCUCCUCCUCCUCCUUCUUCAUCGUCAUAAUGAGACUCACUCAAAGCUGAGAAGUAUUGCUCUAAAAUUCCACCUACUAGAAUGGCUGCCAACAGAAUUCACCAUGACCAAGGUACACUCGUCCAUUCUCGACUAACUUUGUCUGCUACUUCACUGACCCACACAGCUGUUCUCAUAAUCCCGGGAACAUUUCAAGGGGCAAUCUUCACCGGUCUUGAUUGCAUUAUCCUACAAAUUUCGAAUUUUGGAUCGGUUUACAUAAAUUGCCAACGAUGUAUAUGUUAGCUUUGAACGUUGAUGAACAUUUUGUGUACAGAUUGCCUAUUUAAUUUUAAAUUUGAGUCGUUCUCCCAUGUAUUUAUAUAUUUUACUGGUAUUAUUAGACCGGUGUGUUGGCUCAGUCAGUAGAGCGUCCGCCUCACAACCAGGAGGUCGUGUGUUCAAACCCCGGCCGCGUCAUACCAAAAGACGUUAAAAGACGGGAGUUGCUGCUACCUGUCUGGCGUUCAACAAUAAGGG